AUGGUGAAGUUUCUGAAAACUAACAAGGCGGUAAUUCUCUUGCAAGGUCGCUAUGCCGGCAAGAAAGCUGUUAUCGUCAACACCUUCGACGACGGCACCCGCGAGAAGCCUUACGGUCACUGUUUCAUUGCUGGAAUCAAGAAGUACCCUAGUAAAGUGAUAAAAAAGGUUAAAAGGUGCAUUGAUGAUUUGCUGAAGUGGAAUGAUAUUGAUGAGUCCAUCCUUAGGCAAAGAGCUAAGGGAUCCGGCAAGGGGACCCUAUAUCCCCUUUUUCUAUUCUCCUUCAUUAUGGAAUAUCUCCAUAGAUGA